AUGAGACUGAACAAGUCCUUGGCCAGCCUAGCUGCGCUCCUUGCUCUUGUCAUGGUGGCUUCUGCGCACCCGGUCAUUCCACGCUCUUUCGAGCUAGCCAUGGCAGAAGCGAUGCAUGAAGAUGAGCUUGCGGUGAGUACUAGACGAAUGGCGUGCGAACACUCCCCUGACAUUUCUCCUCUCCCUCUUCAUGAUUAUGUAGAGCCGCCAUGAAUCGGGCGCAGCGCAUUUAGAUGCAGAGUACGAUCUACACCGUCGAUAUGCUUACGGCGAAGAUGAGCAUCAUCCGAGCGAAGGACGCCACGACUAUCCAGAGAUUGAGCAUCUCCACGGUCGUCACGAAUACUACGAGGAUCAUUCGGGCGGGCUCCACCAUCGAGAACACCACGAUGCUCGUUAUGAAACAUCAACAGCGCGCUCACAUGGGCAAAUGGAGCACGAGCGAUUGGAAGAGGAACGCGCGCAUCACAUCGACGACCACGAGUUGCACCUACGGGACCUUUUGCCACUGCAUGAGAGGUCCGCAGAAGAGCUAGACAAAGUCGUCCGCAAGCACAUCCCGCAUGAGAAACUCGAGCAGCUGGUUGAGCGCUCGACCGAAGACUGGAAAGGCGCAGAAGGCGGGAGCACAUCAGAAGAAGGUGAUACCGAAGAUCAGGGUGGGAGGAGGAAAGAGCAGCAGCAGCAUUUAAAUGCCGAAGAACACCAUUGGAAGCGAGGGAAAGAGGCAGACGAACUAGCGGCCCUCGUUCAGGACGACGAUAAAGGUGAGAAGCACGAGAAACAUGCUCAUAGCUUGGCAGGGAACCUGUCGGAGGAAGAUCGCAACCGCAGAGCAACAGAGCACCAGCGUCAUAAGCGACACGAGCAUAUAGAAGAGAAUGCAGAGCGUGGUAAAGAGCAUCGCGACGGACACGUCAAGCGACACUUUUCCGAGCACGAAGUUCACAAACCUCAUCAUGCUGAGACCCACCAUGUAGCAGAGAACAAUCGGCGACACGAAGCAGGGCACGAAGGAUUGCAUCGUCACAAAGAUCAUUCCAACGCUCAUCACGUUCACCAUGGUGAGCUGGACGAUCAUGCCAACAGCCUACACGAGCGCUCUCACGGGAACGAUGGAGUGGAGCAAGCUCAUAGAGUCCACCAACGUCACCACAAUGACGCUCAUCAGGCAGAAGAGACUGAUCGUCGACAGGAAGCAGCUGACGAAGAGCUGCAUCGCCGUAAAGACCAUUCCGACGCCGAUGACGCUCAUCAUCGUGAGCUGAGCGAGCAUGUCGACGACCUACACGAACGUUCUUGGGACGACGGCGAGGACCAUCACAUGCAUCGUCGACACGUCUCUCGCUCCGAUGCGCACCAUCUCGCAGAGCGUGACGAGGAGGAGAAGCAUUGGUAUCUGCGCGACUCGUAUCCUCAUCUUCGCGCCGCCGACGAAGAGCUUCACGAAUCGCAGCGUCGGCGCAGAAGCUUGAGCAAGCCAAGCAUGGGCACAAGGCGCAAAAGAGGCGCUUACGGCUCUUCGUACGACGUUCCUAUUCCCCUGCACAAGAGAUCUCGCGCGGCGCAUCUGUCCUUCUUCAAGGUGAGAUACGAGGCGAAGCGGGCGUCCGAGUUGAUCGCCUCGAGUCGAGUCGAGUCGAAUCGAGUAGAGGCUUAAUCUACUGACUUUCAUUUAACACAUCUUUAGCUCAAGCAGCGUCGAGCGCUCUUCUGA